AUGGCUGCUGCUCAUCGCUUCCUCCUGACCGUAACCUUGGCGACGGUGCUGUUUUCUCACGUUCAAGGUCAUGGACGCCUCAUCGACCCGCCGGCAAGGUCGACCAUGUGGAGAUAUGGGUUCAAUACUCCUGUCAACUAUGACGACAAUGCUCUAUAUUGCGGAGGUUUUGACGUCCGCAGCUGGGACUCGAAGGUGCAUCACGUGGACGUGCAGCUGCCACGAGGCCUCACGUGCACACAGUGUGUGCUGCAAUGGAAAUACAACGCAGGCAACUCGUGGGGCUGUCGUGGACAGAACGACUGUUGUGUUGGCUGUGGCCACCAGGAGCAGUUCUACGGCUGCGCAGACAUUUCCAUUUCCGGUACCUGGUCGUCCAGCCAUGGCGGAGACACGUACGCCCAGUCGGCUCAACAUGGAGUGUCAGGAUCUGUUGCCUUGAGAGACAGUCUAGAGCAGUCAGAGAGAUUGUUGAGAGGCUGA